GUCUUCAACGAACAGGCCAAUUACCUGAUUGACUGGAACGUUUCCAAUUGCUUGUUUGCCAUGUCAAGAAUUUUUUUUCUCUUGUUUGGCUUGAUGGUACUGGUGGAAUCCGCCAAUGUAUGCAGCUACGAGGGAGGCUGGGCACUCCGAGUAAACGAUACCGGCUGUCCCAUUGAUGCGCCGGUCGAAUGCGGUAAAGGUAUGACAGGCCAGACACGUUGCUGUCCGAGCGGCCUAAAAUGUACGGGAACGGAUACCUGGGAGGGUAAUUGGUGCUGCAAGGAGGGUGAAGAUUGCAUUCAGGAGUCCAAGUUCCAACCUAAGUGCCCUGAUGUAAGAUGGUCGCUGUGGAAAGGAAACAAAACGGUAGAGGAUGGCGGCGGAUGGUGCUGCGAACCUGGUUCCAACGGCGUUUAUCGAGGCAAUGUCGACUCCGUAGGGUGUACUGCAGCCGGUGUCUUGACCUUACGGUCCGAUAUGGCUUUUGCAUCAACUGUUCCUGCCGUCCGAUGCGAGGUAUCGAAAACGUCCUCCUCAUCGUUGCCCCCUGCUGCCUCCAAUCAGACUGGCACACUUACUGCCUCGCCGUCCGCUCAAUCGCCACCCUCUAUAUCUGGCGGCGCCAUUGCUGGAAUCGUGAUAGGUGCCAUCUGCAGCUUGGUAGCGAUCAUUGCGGUCGUAUUUUUCGCAGCUAAAUAUCGGAGAUUGAAAAGAAACACCUCUCCAGAUGGGGAAAACCAGCACAAAAGACAUCGUCAUGUUGAAAAACCGCGGAUAACAGCAUACCAAUUGCCGGAUGAUCACACGCGAUAUGAAAUGGAUGGAUCAGUGAUGUAUACACAGACAGGCCAAGAGUUGGGCCAUGAGAAAACGCGAAAUACUCAUCAGGAAAUGCCAUAA